AUGGCUCAAUUGCAAAAAUAUUUACACCUGUCGGAAAUCAGCAAUGAAAAAACAUAUGUAUUUGAUAUUGUUGUUGAAAAUGAAAGAGGGUCUAAUUUUUUUGGAAUUCCACUUUUUUCAAAGAAUUUUUUGAUUCAUGGUGUUGAUCCAUCUUCUUUUUCAAAAUCUAAUAACACUAAAAAAAAAUUAUUUCACAACAAGAAUACUCAACAGCAAGUUUUGGCGGAUUAUACGACUUGUGGACCUGGAAGUAAAAAUCAUAGAUUUAAUUUGAAAUUGAUAACACUACCCGAUCAAAGCUGGGAAUGGAGUUGGAAAGAGUGGUAUGUUUUAAAGAUAAAUGAUGAUGUCGAUGAAAACGGAUGGCUAUACUCAAGAAUUAGAUUUAAUAGUAAGAAAUGGAGAGGCAGUCAUCAUUUUGGUAAUUUUGUUCGAAAGAGAUAUUGGGCAAGAUUACGAGAGAAA